UUUUCUUUCCGUUUUUCGUGCGAUUUAAUCCGUGUAACAUUUUGUCAUUCUCAUUUUACCAUUUUUGAAGUUUUGUUGCCACUUGCCACUUGCCAAACCAAAUUCAUUAACUUUUUUUCAGGACGUCAACUGGUGACUACCUAACAGAAUAUGCCGCAAGAAAUCAAGGAAAUCAAAGAUUUUCUCCUGAAGGCUAGAAGGAAGGAUGCCAAAUCUGUCAAGAUUAAGAAGAACAUUGAAAAUGUUAAAUUCAAGGUUCGUUGUUCUCGAUUCCUUUACACCUUAGUAAUUACAGACAAGGAAAAGGCAGAAAAACUUAAACAAUCAUUGCCUCCUGGUCUUCAAGUGAARGAGAUCAAAUGUAAAAAAAUGAACACUGACGAUAAAGAGAAAAAAUGAUAAGGUUGCUGUGGAUUAAUGUUUAUAUUAAAUAUAAUUAACUUUAUUACAUGUAAA